AUGGCUGAGAACGAUGAUGAAGAUGUAUAUCUGAGAGUUCAUCUACACUACAAUGGUAUAUUUGUUCGACAUCCUUCUGGAUAUGUUGGUGGGAAUUACUUCCUCUUCACUGAUGUUGAUUGGGCAAGUAUGGAUGUAAGGGACUUUUUUCCUUUUCUUGAUAGAGCUAUUGGGGAAGAGUUUCAAAACCUCUACUACUGCUUACCUAACAUCCCUUUAUCUAGAGGGAUUCGUCACAUUGUAGAUGAUUUGGAUUUUGCCCCGUUUAUAGAUACCGGGUAUGAAUACGGGGAAAUUUCAGUUUAUGUUGAUCAUAAUGGGAAUGGGUUGGACGAAUGGUGGGAUGAUGACAUGAAUCUGGUUGUUAGUGAAGAUAAUGAAAGUGGCCUUGAAGAUGAUGGUGUACCUAGAACUGAAGGAAACACUGCCCCUGAUGAAACCUAUCCCAAUGUUGGUCUUGAAGAUGAAGUAAUUGACAUUGACAAAAUACCUUUGAACAAGACGAGUGGGGAUGAGUUUCUUAGUAUUUUAUGUCCUCCAGAAGGUGAUACUGGUCACAACGAAGUUGAAGAAGAAGAUGUUGAGAUCCAUUCCAUUUUCAACCCUGAUUUGCAAUGGAAUAGGCAAUUGCGGUGCGGUUUUUGCUCACCCCUAGUGAAUAGUGGUGCAGGAGGUGUGCAUGGAUCAGUGAAUGGUGGUGCAGGAGGUGUGCAUGGUGGUGAAGGUGGUGGAGUGCAUGGUGUUCGAAAGAAAAAGGUUAAAGCAAAGGGUGUGGGGGUUGCUAUUAGAACAAGAAAGCCUUCUGAGAGAAUUUUGAAAAACAAACUUGCAAAAGUAGUGUAUGGGAAAAAUGGUGAAGGCAACUAA